CAGUCCAUUAAGCUAACUGCGCCUUCCCCUCUGUUCCCCAGUGCGGCCUCUCUGUUCUCCAUCUCUUCCGGCGAAAUUCUCCGGCGAAAAUCAAGUUAUAGGUUCCCCUCUUUGUUUAUCCUUCUGUGUCAGUCCUCUUCAAAACUCUAAUUUCUUCUUCUUCUUCUUCUUCUUCAGUAAUUUCUAUGUUUUUGAAUUUGGUGAUGCUCAGAAAUAUUUGACUUUUUCAUAUUUCCUUUUGAUUUUUUAUUGAAGUUGAUUACUUUCUUGCAUUCUUAUUUGCUUCCUAUAAUGGCUACAAAUUCUUAGAUACAGUACUAGUCUACUACCUCUUGAGUAUGAAAUAAAAAUACAAAAGGCCACAAUGAUGAUAUUUUUCUUAUUGUGUUUUCUAAAUUUUCAGUUCUUGAAAUCGAGGUCUACAAAUUUACCGCAUAUUUCUAAUCAUACAAGCAGCUGAUUUCACUUUCUUACAAUUCCGCCAAUCAUAUCCAAAAUUCAAUUCCUUAUGAGAAAAUUAUGCUUCCUCCAUCAAUUUCUCGCCUUUUCUUGACCACUCAGCCAGCCAAUAAGCCAAAAUUUUUACUCGAGAAGGUCCAUUUUUCCACCACUUGUUCAUCAUCAGCUGGAGAAUUCUUGAGUCAUUUGCUGAAAAGUAAAAAUGGGUCUGGUCUGGAGAAGUCUCUGAACACGGUUAAGACUAAACUUGAUGCUAAAUGUGUUAAUGAAGUAUUAGAGAAAUGCGCCAUUGAUGAUCCUCAUAUGGGUCUCAGAUUCUUCAUUUGGUCUGGACUUUAUCCCAGCUAUAGACACAGCAGUUACAUGUACAGUAGAGCUUAUAAAUUGCUUGGAUUUGAUCGCGAACCACGAAUUAUUGAAGAUUUCAUUGAGGCUUAUAGGCUGCAGAAUAAUUAUGUUCCAAGUGCUAAGAUGUUUAAGGUUAUAUUGAAUUUGUGUAGAGUGGGAAAAGAUGCUACCUUGGGCUUGUGGGUAUUGAAGAAAAUGAAAGAGUCCAACUGUCGGCCAGACACUACAGUGUAUAAUGUAGUUAUUCGAUUAUUGUGCGAGAAGGGUGAUAUUGAUGAGGCUAUGUGUUUGAUGAGAGAGAUGGAUUCGAGUGAUCUUCAUCCUGAUAUGAUCACCUAUGUUGUGAUGAUUAAGGGGUUGUCUGAGGUGGGUAGGUUGGGAGAAGCUUGUGGAUUAACCAAAGGUAUGAGGGGACAUGGAUGCGUGCCAAAUACGGUGACCUAUUCAGCUCUUCUUGAUGGGAUUUGUAGGUUUGGGAGUUUGGAAAGGGCACUUGAGUUAUUGAGAGAAAUGGAAAAAGAUGGCGGGCAGUGUAAGCCAAAUGUCGUUACUUACACUACUGUGGUUCAGAAUUUUAUUGAGAAAGGUCAGUCGAUAGAGGCAUUAAGUAUUUUGGACCAAAUGAGGGAUUUUGGUUGUAAACCGAAUAGAGUACUUAUCUGUACUUUGAUUCAUGGUCUUUGCAAAGAUGGGCAUAUGGAGGAAGCUCAUCAAGUCAUCAACAGAGUAGCUGAAUGUGGUAUUCCAUAUGAUUCUUGUUACAGUUUUCUAGUUUUAUCACUGUUUCGGAUUGGAAAACUCAAGGAGGCAGAAAUGUGUUUUAGGAGAAUGUUGGCUGGUGGCCUAAAGCCUGAUGGUUUGACCUCAAGCACAAUAAUGAGAUGGCUUUGUCAGCAGAGAAGGAUACUUGAUGGAUAUCACUUGAUUGACGCGAUUGAGCAGUCUGCAGGCAUAUCUUCUAUAGAUUCUGAUAUUUAUUCUAUACUUAUGGCUGGACUAUGUGAGGAAAAUCAUCUUGUUGAAGCUGCAAAGCUUGCUAAUCUAAUGGUAGGGAAAGGAAUUCAGCUUAAAGGUCCUUGUACUAAGAAUGUAAUUGAAUGUCUUAGAGGUUGUGGCAAAGAAGAUUUAGCUUCAAGCAUUGGUAGUAUUAAGUGCUGAUGAAUGAAGAUUUCUUUAAUAUCGUGAUCCUACUUGUGCCUCAGCAUUGUCAACGUCACCUCACCGUUGAGAUUGACCCUCAAUUGUAUUCCAUAUUCCACCUGAUUGAAUUCUUUCCAGUUUUGUGCAAAAAAUAAAAAAUAAAAAAAUAGUUGGGCUUCUAGUCAGUUUGGAUUGAUAACUCUUUUCAGAUUUCAACUUACAUCUCAUUUAUUGA